AAAAAGGAUCGUGUUUUCAGCGGCUACCAUUUUGUUGGAAUUACAUGUACAGUCGCAGAUCAUUCUUAGCCACAGCAUACCGUACCGGUAGCAUCUCAGAUCCACCAUGUCCAACGACGAGACUACUAGUAAAGAGAGUAAUAGUAUGUCUGCGUCUCUUGCUUGUUUGGGUACCACCACCGUCAGUCUCCACACUAGCAGCAAGAAGAAGCAAGAAGGACUGUUGGCUGUCUUUCACGACAAUGACACUCUCCGUCUGUCCUUGGCCACUAAUACCGAUGAUGACAACAAGAGUGUGUUGGUCUAUCACGGCUGUAUCGCGAUGAAAGACGUCAAGAUGAAAUUGGAAUAUCCGCAGAAACCCGACAAGCAAGCCAAAGCGUUUGCCACUCAUCUCUUGCACGCUACCAGUAGCAAUAGCAAUAGCAAUAACGGUCAGUCGGUCACGCCAUCCUACUCUCUCUCCAGUGAUGAUGACAGUGACAAUAUCAAGUUGGUGAUCAAGUAUCAACAUCGAGUGAUCACUCAAACCAAAAAGAAGAUGACUUCCCAUAAUAAGAGCAGUGACGACGAUGAUGAUGAUGAGGAUGCCAUGAGUGAAGAAGAAGAAGAAGUGGCCAUGAAGAAAGCGUGGAGUGGAAUUUUGUCGCGAGACACUUCCCCCACAGCACCACUCCACUUUUACAAGAGCCUGGGCCAAAGCAUCAAUCGUGGACAAACCACUCUGACGGCAUCCCAAUCUCAAAUGGAACAAUUGCAACGCGAUCGCAACAGUUGGAAACACACCGCACAGCAACUACAAGGAAAAUGGCAACACGAAAAAGAUCAACUGCUGCGCAAUUUUUGUACCCUUUACAAUCCCACACGACAAGCGCUGGCAACGUGUCAAGAAGAAAAUAAACAACUACAAGCACAAGCAGCCGAACAAGAAUCGACUACCAACAACCGUAAAACCAAGAAAAAGACCAAAACGACAGCACAACCCGAUACCGAGGAACUACAGGCGCCUCUUCCGGAUGUGGGAGAUGUCUAUGAUGACGCACUCGCCAAGGCAUAUGCCACCGGAAAACGAGUCGAUAUUCGAAAUAACCACAAUCAAAAGGUCAAAAUGGAACCAACAUUCAACAACAAAACCAAAAAGAGCAGCAUUGAUUGCUCCGCCUCGGAUAGUGACGACACGGUGGUUGACAUUCCACCCGCCAAAACAACAACAACCAACAAAAAGGUCGUCCGCACAAAAACAAAAACAAAAACAAACACCACCGCCAGUAAUAAACAAAAGAAGAAUGCCAAACACAGUGCCAAUCGGUACGACGACAGUUCGGACGACGAUCGCAAACCAACAAAGAUAGCUGGCAAACCAAAACGAACAUGGGACGACUCGGAUGCGUCAGAUUCGACAGGCAAUAAAGGACGGGCCAAUGAAAAACGCAACAAGAAACGAAAGAGUCCAUUCUCGGAUGACUCGAACGAUUCGACUUAGGAACAAUAGGUCCGUGGUGCAGGGUAGGUACCGUAGCUAACUGUCAUGCUCCACGGCCACGACAGCGUACGUGUUUAUUUGUGGGCUGCGGUCGUACGGUUGUAGUAUUGCACGCGAUAGAGGGAUGGACAAGCAAGCAUGGAGGAAUGCCAUGGACGCCCACAGGGGAAGCACAAGUAAGUGGCGGCGACCAAAAAAAGUUGGAGAGUCUAGCCAGACGGAUAGAUACACAGCCAAAAUUUACAGUGUCAUUUAUGAAAUUAUCAAAACCUAUUUUGUGUCAAAUUCCUGACCAUUUUGAACUCUGUUAAGUCUUUUUCAGCAACAUUUGCUCGAGUACUAUAUAAAUGUAGUAUUAAA